GAGUAAGUGUGAGUGUGGAUAUAAGUGAGUGUGUGUGAGUGAGAGAGAAAGUGUGUGUGUGUGUGUGUGUGUGUGUGAGAGUAAGUGUGAGUGUGGAUAUAAGUGAGUGUGUGUGAGUGAGAGAGAAAGUGUGUGUGAGUGUACCAUCAUGACAGAUCCCCAUAUGAAGUGGGCAUGUGAGUACUGCACGUACGAGAACUGGCCCUCAGCUAUAAAGUGUACCAUGUGUCGAGCUCAGCGCCGCAGUGCCGCCAUCAUCGACGAGCAGCUGAACAAGUUUAAGAGUAACUCUGUGUGCGGCGACGACGACUCGGAAACUAGCAGCCUGAUCAUCUGCCCCGAUUCCAGCGCCAGGCCUCGGGUGCGCCCGUGCCGUCCCUCUGAGCCCGGCAGCCACGCGUCCGUGUCGCACCCUAACGAGGACUAUAACGAUAAAAACCGCCUGCACGCUCCCAGAUGGAGCUGCACCAUGUGCACGUAUGAGAACUGGGCAGAGACGCAGAGCUGCAUCGUGUGUGAGCACCCUAACGACACCUCACCCGUCAUCACUAACGAGCUGGUGCAGGGAGGAGGAAGGACACGGAGGACGAGGAUGUCCUCUCCUGUCUCCUCAGACUGCGAUGCGGAAGUCCACAUCCAGGACAUUGAGGUGGGAGCUCACGGCUGUGACGAGGACUUUAAAAAGCUCAAACAGAUCAAAAACCGUAUGAGGAAGAGCGACUGGAUGUUUCUCAACGCCUGUGUGGGAGUGGUGGAAGGCGACCUGGCUGCAGUGGAGAUGUAUAAAUCGUCAGGUGGAGAUAUCGCUCGGCAGCUGACGUCAGGGGAAGUGCGUCUGUUAAACCGUCCCUCAGCCUUCGACACCGGGUUCACGCUUGUCCAUCUCGCCAUCCGAUUUCAGAGACAGGACAUGCUUGCUAUCCUCCUGACCGAGGUGUCCCAGCAGGCGGUGAAGUGUAUCCCAGCGAUGGUGUGUCCCGAGCUGACGGAGCAGAUCCGCAGAGAGAUCGCCGCCUCAGUACAUCAGCGGAAAGGAGACUUCGCCUGUUACUUCCUGACUGACCUCGUCACCUUCACUCUACCAGCAGAUAUUGAAGAUUUGCCUCCUGCAGUUCAGGAGAAGCUGUUUGAUGAUCUGCUCGACCGUGACGUACAAAAAGGUAACCAUGGAAACCAAACAUCGCCGAUGAUCCGGAAACGUAAAUACACAAUCGCUGGCUAAUC